UUAACUUUGAAAUGUUUAAGAAAUUGGUGUUUUUCCUUCGUUUUAUUAAUAUGCCCAACAUGACCCAAAGCAAAAGUUUGUAGUACAAACAACAGCACAUUUCGUCGCCACGAUAUAGGUAUCUGAUUUCCAUAAUUCAAUUCCGACAUAAUUAUCAGCUGAUUCUCAAAUCUAUCGGAGAAACUUGACAGUGUCGUGUCCCGUGUGCAUCCAGAUUAUCAACAGUUCACCCUAGAGUAUAUGUUAUAGUGGUGGUGGUGGUGUUAGUGUAGUGUGUAUGAUGAACGUGGUAUCUAAUUGGUCCGGUGUGUACGCGCGCGUCGCGUGGCAGGAGGUGUCGCUGGCGCCGGCGACGCUCGUGCGCACGCUCGCGCGCAAGCUCGGCGCCGACGACAGCGAGCCCGCAACCAAGAGGAAUAUGGAAGAUAAUGAACUGGUUCAGUCAAUAAUACAACCGCUCAACGACGAGAUAGCCGUAUUAAAGGAGAAACUCCGGGACACAGACACGCAGUUACAAGACGCAUUGAAAUCAAAAUCUACAAAGAUCAGCAGUCCAGCACCAAACUCCGCCGGCUCCAGCGGUGACAAUAAACCAGAAACAGAGGUGGCGCGGCGCUGCGACAUGUGCGCCAACUACGAGAAGCAGCUCGUCAGCGAGCAGGCGCGCGCCGACCAAGCGCGGGCCAACGCGCACAGGCUCGAGGCCGCGCUCAAACUGGCGACCGAGGAGCUGGAGGGCGUGCGCGCGGUGCACGACGAGACGGUGCGCGCGUGGGGGGGGGCGCGCGCCGCCGCCGCCGCCGCUGUGGCCGACGCGCGCGCGGCUGCGGCGGCGGCGGACGCGGCCGCCAGGGACCACGCCGCCGCCGCCGCCGCCGCGCAGCACCGCGCGCUGCAGCUGGUCACCACGCUCACCGUCGACAGGGAGACGCUGCAGCGCAAGCUGGACACAUUGGAGAAAGACAACGCAUAUUUGGUGGGCGAGUACGUGAAGAAAGCGGCGGAGAUGCAGAAUGAAAUUAUAGACUUGCCUGAUAACGUUGAGAAAAUGAACGAGUUGGAACAACGGUGGAAAGCAACUCCUGCACAGGCUGAUGGAUCACAUGCUCGUUUGCAGGAAGAAUUCCAGGAAUUCAAAACAGAGACAUUAUCAGUGUUACAGCUUCUUCGUUAUCAAAUUUCUGGGCUCUGCAGAUGCAUAGAUGACAUCGAAAUGAGACAUCGAAGGAAGUACUUGUUGGUGGGUAGCGUUGCAGAGGAUUCCAAUGACCUUCCAAAAAGUAUUGUCUCUAUUUUCGUCAACAAAAUGGGGCUGGCUUUGUCACAGGACAAGCUGUCUGCAUGCCAUCGACUCGGUAAUGCGGCGGAGGGGAGAUGUCGACCUGUCCUGGUGCGCUUCACAGAUCUAACUUUAAGGGCUGCUGUAUGGAAAAAGAAGACAGCUUUAAAGGGAACACCUCAUACCAUCUCCGAAUUCCUUACACGCCAGCGACGAGACGUCUUCAUUAACGCACGUAAGCGCUUCGGCAUAAGACGCUGCUGGACGAUGGAUGGUAACGUCAUUGUCAAGCUGAAGAACGGUUCCAGACAGAGAAUAUUCACCGACUGUGACCUCUCUGCGCUUCCGGUAACCGAGGAUGAACUUCUCCAGGCGGCUGAUCCUGACUUUGUGACGCGGACCUUGGUUUCUCCAGAAACACGCGCGAAACCUAAACGGUUAGCCAGGGCGAAAAAGUAA